GAAGAGCUUAGAGAGAGAGAGAGAGAGAUUAAUGGAGGGGAGAGGAGAGAGAGAGAAUGGGAAGGAGAAGGAGGAGGAGGUAAAGAAGGAGGAGGAGAAGAAGGAGGAGGUGAAGAAGGUGGGGGUGCACCGGCUGCUGGCGUUCGCGGACGCGGCGGACGGCCUGCUGAUGGCGGUCGGGGCGGUGGCGGCGGUGGCCAACGGCGUCUCGCAGCCGCUCAUGACCGUCAUCUUCGGCCAGGUCAUCGACGCCUUCGGCGGCGGCGACGCCAACUCCGUCCUCCACCGCGUCAACAAGGUGGUGCUAAAUUUUGUGUAUUUAGCGAUCGGAUCGAUGGUUGCUUCGUUCUUCCAGGUGGCAUGUUGGAUGGUCACCGGAGAAAGACAGGCGGCGCGGAUUCGAGGGCUGUACCUGAAGGCGAUACUGAGGCAGGACAUCGCGUUCUUCGACAAGGAGAUGACGACCGGGCAGGUGGUCGAGAGGAUGUCCGGCGACACAAUACUCAUUCAAGAUGCCAUCGGCGAAAAGGUAGGGAAGUUCAUACAACUUGUUGCAACAUUCUUGGGUGGAUUCAUUAUAGCAUUCACAAAAGGAUGGCUUCUAUCUCUAGUGAUGUUGUCGAGCAUUCCGCCAGUGGUCAUCGCCGGCGCGACCAUGUCGUGGUUCGUCUCGAAAAUGACGAGCCGCGGGCAAGCGACGUACAGCGAGGCCGGAAAUGUUGUCGAGCAGACAAUUGGGUCGAUCAGAACCGUUGCUUCCUUCAAUGGUGAGAAGAAAGCUAUUGCUCUGUACAACAAGUUCAUCAGAACUGCAUACCUGUCUGCUGUCCAAGAAGGGACUGCUUCUGGCCUGGGCAUGGGAACUGUUUUCCUGGUCUUGUUCUGCAGCUACGCGCUGGCGAUGUGGUACGGUUCCAGGCUGAUCAUCAACAAAGGCUACACCGGAGGAAUGGUCAUCAAUGUUUUGUUCGCGGUCAUGACCGGUGCGAUGUCUUUAGGUCAGGCAACCCCAUGUGUGACUGCCUUUGCUGAAGGACAAGCUGCAGCUUACAGAAUGUUCGAAACAAUCAAACGGAAGCCAGAGAUUGACGCAUACAACACGAGUGGCAUCGUGUUAGAAGACAUGAAGGGCGAUGUCGAGCUCCAAGAUGUCUACUUCAGCUACCCUACUCGGCCCGACUACCUUAUAUUCAACGGAUUCUCGUUGAAAGUGUCGAGCGGUACGACGAUGGCUAUCGUCGGAGAGAGCGGCAGUGGAAAAUCAACUGUUAUAAACCUAGUGGAGAGGUUCUACGAUCCGCAAGCAGGUGAAGUUUUGAUAGACGGAGUUAACAUAAAGAGUUUGAGGCUUAGUUGGAUAAGAGAAAAGAUUGGACUUGUUAGCCAAGAACCGUUGUUGUUUACGACAACCAUCAAAGAGAACAUAACAUACGGUAAAACGAACGCGACACUCGAAGAGAUCAAGAGAGCGACCGAGCUUGCGAAUGCGGCAAAUUUCAUCGACAAGUUGCCCAAUGGUCUUGAUACGAUGGUCGGUGAGCGCGGGGCGCAACUUUCGGGAGGACAGAAGCAAAGGAUUGCGAUCGCGAGGGCGAUUCUGAAGGACCCGAAGAUCUUGUUGCUUGAUGAGGCGACGAGCGCGCUAGAUGUGGAGUCCGAGAGAGUAGUUCAAGAGGCACUCAAUAGGGUCAUGCUCGAGAGAACGACCAUCGUCGUCGCUCAUCGCCUAAGCACCGUGAGGAAUGCGGAUGCAAUAUCCGUCGUGCAUCAGGGAAAGAUAGUGGAACAAGGUUGUCACGACGAGUUGAUAAGGAACCCCGAUGGCGCUUAUUCCCAACUCAUCCAUUUGCAAGAAACUCACAAGGAAACAAAAGAACACGUCGGUGACUCCGCGAUGCGUAGUUUGAGCCACGAGUCGAAAUCGCUGAGCAAAUCGAAGAGGAGCAUAUCAUUCAAAAGAUCGGCUAGUCGAGGUUCCUCGAUCGGCAGUAGCAGCAGGCGUUCUUUCACCAUUCCCUUCGGCUUAACCGGUCCGAUGGAAGUUGAGGCUGGACCUCAAGAUGAAGCAGAAGAUAAAGAAGUUGCUGGUGAUGAUGAGGCUCCUAAAGAAGUUCCUAUCACAAGAUUGAUCUCUCUCAACAAGCCGGAAAUUCCGGUUCUGCUCGUAGGAUCGAUAGCCGCAGCAAUACACGGAGUCCUCUUCCCGAUGUUUGGCAUUUUACUGUCGAUCUCUAUAAAGAUAUUCUUCGAAAAGCCGGAUCAACAGCGAAAGGAUUCAAACUUUUGGUCAUUGAUGUAUGUCGUGUUGGGCAUAGUCGCGUUGUUCACGAUACCGAUCGAGUAUUUCUUGUUCGGAGUAGCAGGCGGGAGGCUCAUAGAACGCAUCCGUUCCAUGUCGUUUCAAAGAAUCGUCCACCAAGAAAUCACCUGGUUCGACGAGCCUCGCAAUUCCAGUGGGGCGAUUGGCGCGAGGCUAUCGGUUGAUGCUGCGAAUGUUCGGCGACUUCUGGGGGAUACGCUGGCUUUGAUGGUUCAAUGCCUUUCGACGCUUCUCACAGGGUUUAUCGUAGCAAUGGUCGCGAGUUGGAGGCUAGCACUUAUUAUCACAGUGGUGAUCCCUUUGGUUGGUUUCCAAGGUUAUGCACAGAUAAAGUUUAUGAAGGGGUAUAGUGCAGAUGCUAAGGUGAUGUAUGAGGAAGCAAGCCAGGUGGCGAACGACGCCGUGAGCGGCAUACGAACCGUGGCAUCUUUCUCCGCCGAGCAAAGAGUGUUGGAAACCUACAACAAGAAAUGCGAAGCGCCGGUGAAACAAGGAGUGCGACAGGGGCUUAUAAGCGGCUCCGGCUUCGGGUUCUCGUUCUUAACUCUCUACCUGACGUACGCGCUUUGUUUCUACGUUGGAGCACGAUUUGUGCAUGACGGCAAGGCCACUUUUUCAGAUGUCUUCAGGGUCUUCUUCGCACUAGUUCUGGCUACUAUGGGAAUCUCGCAGACGAGUGCGUUAGGCGCAGAUUCCGCCAAGGCCAAGGAGUCGACUGCUUCAAUAUUCGGAAUCAUCGAUCGGAAAUCCAAGGUCGAUUCGAGCAGCGAGGAGGGUGUGGUCUUAGCAAAUGUUAAAGGAGACAUCGAAUUUCAGCAUGUCGCCUUCAAGUACCCGUCCCGUCCGAACAUUCCAAUUUUUACAGACUUCUCCUUGACAAUUCACUCUGGAAAGACCGUCGCGCUCGUCGGAGAGAGCGGCAGCGGAAAAUCGACGGUGAUCUCACUACUGGAGAGGUUCUACGAUCCCGAUUCGGGUAAGAUCUUGUUCGACGGGGUUGAAAUCGAGACGCUGAGAGUAAGUUGGCUGAGGCAGCAGAUGGGGCUGGUGAGCCAAGAGCCCGUGCUGUUCAACGACACAAUUCGCGCCAAUAUAGCGUACGGGAAAGAGGGCGAGGCCACGGAGGAAGAUAUCAUCAGAGUAGCCAAGGCGGCCAACGCGCACCAAUUCGUGUCGGCACUGCCCGACGGAUACGACACGCCGGUCGGAGAGAGAGGCAUUCAACUGUCGGGCGGCCAGAAGCAAAGAAUAGCCAUCGCAAGGGCCAUUCUGAAGGACCCGAGAGUGCUUCUGCUCGACGAGGCCACGAGCGCGCUGGAUGCGGAGUCCGAGCAUGUGGUUCAAGAAGCACUAGAUAGGGUAAUGGUCGGGCGAACGACAGUGGUCGUGGCGCACAGGCUAUCUACGAUAAAAGGAGCUGAUAUGAUCGCAGUUCUGAAGAACGGUAUGAUCGUCGAGAAAGGAAAGCACGAAAAACUAAUGGGAUUGAAGGACGGAGUCUACGCUUCGCUCGUCGAGCUACGCAUGUCGUCGGGAUAAGGUGAGUGUACAACUUUUUACGCAAGAUUUUGCUUUAGAAGGAUCGGGUUGAAUUGAUAUAUUAUAUGCAAUAUGCUAUGCUACAAAUUUGUGUGCAUGGCAAAAAAAAAAUUCUAAGUAUCUCUCCACAUUGAAAAAGAGGAGGGAGAUUUUAAAAGUGCUUGUAAAGGGAAUUAAUAUAUAUCAUGCAUAUUUAUUUAUUGAGGAGCACUCUUGUGUUGUACACUUCAUUUGCAUUAUUAUUGAGUAUUAUUAUUAUU